AGGUUUACUCCAAAUAUAGAGUAAUUUGUUUUUUCUUUGUUCAUCACUCUAUUUUCUACUCUAAAAUAGAGUAACUCUAUAAUAGAGUUUGAGUUUGCUCCAAUGAUACUCUAUUUUGGAGUAAAAAAUAGAGUAAGCCAUUGGAGAUGGUCUAAUAGAGUAACUCUAUUAUAGAGUAAACCAUUGAAACAAAAAAUACUCUAUAAUAGGAUUAUUCUAUUUUACUGUGAAUUAUAGAAAAAAAAUAGUAUUCUAUAGGAAAUGGUCUAAUGUUAUGUUAGUAAGCUAAAGUUGUAGAUAUGCAAUACCAUGAAGGACCAAAUGGUCAAUGAAUGAUGGAGACGAACGAUGGACUUUUUAAAAGUUGGAAACCGUUCCUUAUAUUUAAUUAAUGGACUUGAGACCAUUUUACCAUCAGAGAAUUGGUCAUUGAGUGUUUGAUACAGAAGUCUUGAAAGUUGAAACAACUUUACUCUCUUAUCUAAUGGACUUCGAGACAGCUUUGAGUGUGGCCGUUGUUCAACUGAGUAAUGGUGCGAGUCUUGAAACUUGAAACUACUUUCACAGUUUCAUUCCCUCUAUUUAAAUGGACAUGAGAGACAAUGUGACCAUCACAGAAAAUGGCCUCUUCCUCUUCAUUGGUUCUGUCGUCUCCGUCUUUGACUCCGGUAAUAAAAGACGGAGAAUAUAAAAACUGGGCGGAGCUUCCGUCCGAACUAACGUCAUCCAUCCUGCAAAGGCUCAGCCUGGUUGAGAUAUUGGAAAACGCUCAGAAAGUGUGUACGUCUUGGCGUCGCGUCUGUAAAGACCCUUCUAUGUGGCGGAAGAUUGUCAUGCAUUACCUUGGAAACUUGUGGUACGACCGCGAUAUCAUGUGCCGUCACGUAGUGGAUCGUAGCCAGGGUGGCUUGAUUGAGAUUGAAAUUUGGUAUUUUUGUACUGAUUCUCUUCUCAACUACGUCGCUGAUAGGUUAUGUCUCUCUCUCUCAUGAGGUCUAGCUGGUGCUGCUAAGUUCUUUUGUGAAUAUGUUUUGCGUUUUUAGC